AUACGUAAAAUUGCCGGCAUUAAAAUGGCGCAUUUCAACUGCGUCAGGUCGACGUGAAAUCCACUGUCAUCUGAUACAAAAAACUAACUGAAAAUAAAGAAAGAGUUGUAAAUUACAUCAUACCAAGAUGUAUUUACCAGAAGAAGAUAAUCAUGAAGUGGAGGAAGACAGUGAUGAAAUCACCCCAGAUUUAUGGCAGGAAGCUUGCUGGAUUGUCAUCAGUUCCUACUUCGACGAGAAAGGUUUGGUACGACAGCAGUUAGAUUCAUUUGAUGAGUUUAUACAAAUGUCAGUACAGAGAAUCGUAGAAGAUUCACCACAGAUAGAUUUACAGGCAGAAGCUCAACACAAAUCUGGUGGUGUUGAAACUCCACCUAGAUACUUGUUGAAGUUUGAACAGAUUUAUCUAUCUAAACCAACUCAUUGGGAAAAGGAUGGUGCUCCUAGUCCUAUGAUGCCAAAUGAAGCACGACUGAGGAAUCUAACGUACUCAGCACCUUUGUAUGUUGACAUUACUAAAACAGUUGUUAAGGAACAUGAGAAUCCAGUAGAGACACAACAUCAGAAAACUUUUAUUGGCAAGAUUCCAAUCAUGUUGAGAUCAACCUACUGUCUGUUGAAUGCAUUGACUGAUCGUGAUUUGACAGAGUUGAAUGAAUGCCCUCUUGAUCCUGGAGGAUAUUUUAUAAUUAAUGGAUCUGAGAAAGUGCUCAUUGCUCAGGAGAAGAUGGCUACAAAUACAGUAUAUGUGUUCCAGCAAAAAGACUCCAAAUAUGCAUAUAAAACAGAAAUUCGUUCCUGUUUAGAACAUUCUUCAAGGCCAACCAGCACAUUGUGGGUUAACAUGAUGGCCAGAGGUGGUGGUGGAGCCAAGAAGAGUGCUAUAGGACAAAGAAUCAUUGGAAUUCUACCUUACAUUAAACAGGAGAUACCAAUCAUCAUUGUAUUCAGAGCCCUAGGCUUUGUAUCAGAUAGAGAUAUCCUAGAACAUAUUAUAUAUGACUUUGAUGAUCCAGAAAUGAUGGAAAUGGUAAAACCAUCUUUAGAUGAAGCCUUUGUUAUACAAGAACAGAACGUUGCUUUGAAUUUUAUUGGUGCUCGUGGAGCUCGUCCUGGUGUGACAAAAGAAAAGCGUAUCAAAUAUGCUAGAGAAAUUCUACAGAAAGAAAUGUUACCUCAUGUUGGUGUUAGUGAUUAUUGUGAAACAAAGAAAGCUUACUUCUUGGGGUACAUGGUUCAUAGACUGUUAUUAGCUGCCAUUGGACGAAGAGAAGUCGAUGACAGAGAUCACUAUGGGAACAAACGUCUGGAUCUGGCUGGACCAUUAUUAGCUUUCUUGUUUAGAGGAUUGUUUCGUAACCUGAUGAAAGAAGUCAGGAUGUAUGCACAAAAGUUCAUUGACAGAGGAAAAGACUUCAAUUUAGAACUUGCCAUAAAAACCAGAAUUAUAACAGAUGGUCUGAAAUACUCUCUGGCUACAGGGAACUGGGGAGACCAGAAAAAGGCUCACCAGGCCAGAGCAGGAGUAUCACAGGUGUUGAACAGAUUGACAUUUGCAUCCACCCUGUCUCAUUUACGACGUCUGAAUUCUCCAAUUGGUAGAGAUGGUAAAUUGGCUCGUCCACGGCAGUUACACAACACACAGUGGGGUAUGAUAUGUCCUGCUGAAACUCCAGAGGGAGCCGCUGUAGGUUUGGUGAAGAAUUUAGCCUUGAUGGCAUAUAUAUCUGUAGGAUCUCAGCCUUCACCAAUCCUGGAGUUCUUGGAAGAAUGGAGUAUGGAAAAUCUGGAAGAAGUUGCCCCUUCAGCAAUCCAGGAUGCUACAAAGAUAUUUGUAAAUGGUUGUUGGGUUGGUAUACACAGAGAUCCAGAACAGUUGAUGAGCACAUUAAGAAAACUCAGAAGAGAAAUGGACAUCAUAGUAUCCGAGGUGUCCAUGAUCCGAGAUAUUCAGGAUAGAGAAAUCAGAAUCUACACGGACGCAGGCAGAAUCUGUCGUCCAUUACUUAUUGUUGAAAAUCAGAAACUUUUGUUAAAAAACAGUCAUAUCAAACAAUUAAAACAGAAAGAAUACAAUAACUACAGUUGGCAAGAUCUUGUAGCUAGUGGUGUAGUGGAAUACAUUGAUCCCCUAGAGGAGGAGUCUAUCAUGUUGGCCAUGACCCCUGAUGAUCUGACUGAGAAAGAAGAGGGACAAUAUUGUUCUACAUAUACACAUUGUGAAAUUCAUCCAGCCAUGAUUCUUGGUGUCUGUGCUUCUAUUAUUCCAUUUCCUGAUCACAAUCAGUCUCCCCGUAAUACUUACCAAAGUGCUAUGGGAAAGCAAGCUAUGGGAGUAUAUAUCACCAACUUCCAUGUCAGAAUGGACACCUUGGCCCAUGGUCUGCUGUACCCACAGAAACCACUAGUCACUACCAGAUCUAUGGAGUAUCUCAGAUUCAGAGAACUGCCAGCUGGUAUUAACUCUGUAGUAGCCAUUGCCUCUUACACAGGAUACAAUCAGGAAGAUUCUGUCAUCUUGAAUUCUUCUGCCAUCGACAGAGGAUAUUUCAGGUCUUUCUUCUUCCGUUCUUACAAAGAUUCUGAAGCUAAAAAAGGUUUGGACCAGGAAGAAAUCUUUGAGAAACCAACAAGAGAGAAUGUUCAAGGUAUGAGGCCAGCAAUAUAUGAUAAACUUGAUGAAGAUGGAAUUAUCUCCCCUGGAGUCAGAGUUUCUGGUGAUGAUGUAUUGAUUGGUAAAACAUUGACCAUGCCAGCUAGUGAAGAUGAGCUUGAAGGAACAGCAAAGAAAUUUACCAAGAGAGAUGCUAGUGUGUUUAUGAGGAGGAGUGAAACUGGAAUAAUUGACCAGGUGAUGGUGACAUUAAACCAAGAAGGAUACAAGUUCUGUAAGAUAAGAGUAAGAACAGUAAAGACACCACAGAUUGGAGAUAAGUUUGCUAGUCGUCACGGACAGAAAGGAACCUGUGGUAUAACAUACAGGCAAGAGGACAUGCCAUUUACAUGUGAAGGAAUAACACCAGACAUUAUCAUCAAUCCUCAUGCUAUUCCCAGUAGAAUGACCAUUGGCCAUUUAAUCGAGUGUGUCCAGGGGAAAGUUGCAGCUAACAAGGGAGAGAUUGGUGAUGCUACACCAUUUAACGAUGCUGUCAAUGUGCAGAAGAUAUCUAACCUCCUACAUCAGUAUGGAUACCAUCUCAGAGGAAAUGAGGUCAUGUAUAAUGGUUUCACAGGUCGUAAGCUUAACUCCCAGAUUUUCUUGGGUCCAACAUACUAUCAAAGAUUGAAGCAUAUGGUGGAUGACAAGAUCCACUCUCGUGCUAGAGGACCAUUACAGAUCCUUAACAGACAACCUAUGGAAGGAAGAGCUAGAGAUGGAGGUUUACGUUUUGGUGAAAUGGAGCGUGAUUGUCAGAUAGCUCAUGGAGCAGCUCAGUUUUUGAGAGAGAGGCUAUUUGAAGCAUCAGAUCCAUACAGAGUCCAUGUGUGUAACUUCUGUGGGCUUAUUUCAAUUGCUAACUUGAGGAAUCAGACUUUUGAAUGCAGAGGUUGCAAGAAUAAAACACAUAUUUCACAGAUCAGGAUACCAUAUGCCUGUAAAUUACUGUUCCAGGAGCUUAUGUCCAUGAGUAUAGCUCCAAGACUUAUGGUAAUUAGCUGAAGGAGUUGAGUCUAUCUGGAAGAGAAUAACUUUGAACAGUAGCACUGAGAAACAAAUGUUAUUGUGCUAUUGUGUCUUACAUUGCUUAUAUACAUUGCAACAUAAAAUCAGUAAUAUUAUAUACUUAUGUGGUAUGUUAUACCCAAAUGGUUAUGCCGAGACAAUUUCUUCAUUUAUGUUGAUAACAUUUAAGAAAUGUGAAAAUAGAGAUGACAAUGUAUAAAUACAAGUACAUAUUCAGCACUAAGUUAAAGCACGGUAAAACCUUAUGUUGGGAACAAAUGUGAACGAUGGAUCUAGUGCUUUGUGUAAAUAGUUAUGAACUCAAUGUUCAUAUAAUGAACUGGUUGGAAAGAAAGUUUUAAUUAUAAAUAUUGUAAUAUUUAUGAUUUAUCAUCUGUAUUUGAUUUCAUUAAAAUUGCAGAGAGAUAA